AUGGAGAAAGUAAAGCGGCACCUCACGAGUUGUGGGGCAGCUUACAUCAUCCCUAAAAUCUCCGAGUUUUCCACAAGCUGUGCCACAUCCGAGCUUGCUGCCCAGCAGCUUGCUUGCAUCCCUGCUAUGAUCGCCAAGAGCCUCAGUUUCACGCUUGCGUGGAAGAAGGGAGGCGGGGUUCCUAUUCCCAUCCUCAUACUCGCCUCGGGGGAUGCAAAGGUGAGCAACGAUAAGUACCGCUCCAAGUUUGGCUGUCGUCCCGUGAUGAUUAAGCGUGAGGAGGUUGAGGAAAUCGUUGGGUUUGCCCCGGGCGGAGUGUGCCCGUUCGGCGUGAAGGAAAAUGUGCGGGUCUACCUGGACGUCUCGCUGCGCCGCUUCGAGACCGUGCACGUGGCAGCCGGCUCGGCGAACAGCACUGCCCCAGUGAGCAUCAGCGAGCUGGAGCGCUUCUCUGGCUUUGUUGAGUGGAUUGACGUUUGCGAUGGGUGGGCGGAGCAAAAAGAAAAAAUGAAUGAUGAUGCUGCGGCCCCGCUAUGUUCUUGA